AUGGUUCGCUUUUCCUUUGCCGCAGCAUUGUUCCCGAGCCCUCUCACACCAGACCCCUCGGGCGCCAAGAACGUCGGCAACGGCCAAGGUGUACAGUUCAUUGGCGGCGCCUGCCUGAACAGCAAAGACUGCGCCUCUGCCUGCUGCGCAACUCUGAGCGGCGCAGGCAUUUGCUCCGGACUCGGAGCCCAGUUUCAAGCGGGCAAGCAAGGAUGCGGCUUCGGUGACGGCGGUGCCGCCGCAGCUCCCGCUCCUUCACAGGGAGCCGGCCAAGCAACACCGUCAAUGGAAUCCACGGCUGGCAACGAAUCCAGCGCGAACACGGGGUCGUCAGGCGCCCCAGGGUCAUCGAACGUUGGCGCGGGCAACGGGCUGCAGUUCAUCACGGGACAGUGCUUGUCAGACGCUGACUGCGCUUCGGGAUGCUGUGCCGGCCCCAAGGGCGCGUGCGCUGCCAGAGCUGUUGCUGAGGAGAAUGGAAAGUCGGGCUGCGGAUUCACCAGUACCGGAGCUGCGGCAGGAUCCUCGGGUGGCUCAGCGGCUCAGGACACGGCACCCUCCGCAUCUCCACAGGCUGCAACACCUGCCAGCGGAGGCUCGACUGGCGCCAAUCAAGGAGCUGCAGGCUCCCAGAACGUGGGAACGGGUAAGGGACAGCAGUUCAUCACUGGCCAGUGUCUCUCGGAUGCGGAUUGUGCUUCCGGAUGCUGCGCUGGCCCUAAGGGUGUGUGUUCUGCGGUGGCUGUUGCAAACGAAAAUGGGAAAACUGGCUGUGGGUUCACUGCCGCUGCCGCAUGA